CUCAUACUCUCGUCAUUCGUUAGUGCGCACAACAUAAAGUAAGAAAUCUGAUGGAGGAAAGAAGUAAACAAGUAACCACUGAAAAGAGAAACUUCUCUCUCCACGUUUCUCUAACCUUCUCUGCCUAAGAACUCUUCAUACAUACUUCCAAUCCCAAAAAAAUUACCAAAUUUCCUAAAACAAAAACACUCUCUCUCUCUCAGAAAAUAGUAAAAAGCAACAAAAGUACUUUCUGAAUUCUCUGAUGUAUAUGAAUUUGGAGAAAGAAACAGAAGUAUCAGAAUCAGUGGUGCACAAAAAAUAUCAACACCAUGGAUUCUCACUGCAAGGUUUGAAAUUUCUCUGAUUUUUCACUCUUUCUGACAUGGAUAAUCAAAACCCAGAAAAGGGUUUUCUUUGUUUCGUCUCUGUUUGCAGUCUUUUGUGAGAGUUUUCUAGGGUUAGGGUUUCAGGUACAAUCCUACUGUGCUUGAAACACUUUUCACUCUGUGUUUCUGGAUUUGGGUUUUUUUGUGUUUUUUCCAUAUAGAAUUUGAUCUUAAGCUUUGAAUAUAGUAUAAAUCUCAAAUUGAUAGAGAAAGAAAGAAAAAAUCAAAGCUUUUAUAUUACUUAGCAGUGUAAUUUUGAUUAGCAAUAGCUAAGUAUGCAAUCACGAAGGCGUGAAGAUUAUAUAACACUAUCUCCGGCUUCAAAGCUACGUGGUCAACACAGAUUGGAAAUGGGUUCUGACUACCCUUAUAAUGGUGCACGCCAUGAUGCGCUGGACCGGUCUCCACGCCGGGUGGCGUUGGAUCGGUCUCCACGUGCCCGGCGGAGUAUGAGUCCUCAUAGGUUAGAUGGGUCUAGACGGGUAGCGGGUGGGAGUCGAAGGAGUCGUUCGAUUGAAAGGAGGGAGUAUCAUCAGUGGCAUUUGAGUGGCAGUAAUGGGGGUAGGGGUGAUCAGAUACAAUCAAGGUCGCCCCCUUUUGAGCAAGUGAGGAAAAGGGCUCCGUUUGAUGAUGAUUCUCUUGUUAUGCAUAGGAAUUAUGCGCCUCCUAUGGAGUUGAGGAGGGGAUAUGAGUUGCGUGAUCAUGCUGAUUUUAAGGUUGAUGAUGAUAACUUGAAGUCUAAACAUGUUUUAUUAUAUGAGCAUAACAGUUCUAGAAUCGGUAAAGAGAGAGACUUUAGUGAAAGCAGAUUGGCAGCUGGUGGUGGACAUGGGAUGUUGGCUCAGAAAUCAAUGGCAUUGGAAGAUGGCAUAGCACAUGGAUCAUAUCGGUUGACUCAGGAUCUUGGUCCCACCUUAGAUUAUCGAGAAACUGAUGGGCACCUAUCAUCUUCAUCUCGAAGUAUUGAUAUACGCCGGUUUGAGCAUGAAAGACCUCAAUAUCAGGACACUAUAGCUAUGGAUAAAUUACCAAUCAUGGACUCCUAUAAAGAUGGAGAGAAACCCAUGUUUCAAUCAAGGGAUAUGCCAUAUCCCAUUGUGUCAGCAUCUCAUUCCAAAGGUUUUGCAGGCACAUCUCCCCUAGCUGAUUUGUCAAGCUCCUCUUCACGGAUGCUGAGGAGCGAGUUUUUGGGUUCUUAUCGGGAUGACAUGCACCUGCCUCCUCCUUCAGGUGAAUUUUCAAGGAGCAGUGGAAAACUUGCAGAUCCAUUAGGUUUUAAUGCAUAUGAGGAAAGACCACUGAUAGAUUCUUCUGGACAACCUGAAGCUGGACAAAGGAAUCUGACAUUUUACCAGAGAGGUGCAUGUAGUCCCACCAGGGCUGAGUGUGAAGAUUAUCCAUACCCAAAACUAUAUGGAAUAGCAAAUGAUGACCGUGGAUAUCCAUCUGAUGACUUGUAUAGAAUGAUGCCUCCACAAGUUCCGCUAGACUAUGAUCAUGCACGAAGCGAUUAUGAUCAUAGAGAUUUGCCAAGACCUAAUAUAAUGCACCAUGCUGUAAACAGAGUUGAUAAUAUCACUGAGGAUUCUUAUCGAAAUCCCCGAAAGGGUACUUUAUUGGACCAUUCUACUUUACACAAGCAGACAGUUUCAGAAUACCUUGAUACAAACAGAAUGUCAAAUGCAUCAAAACAAGGUGGUGAAUAUUUGGGAUCUAGACGUAGUCAAGUUGAGUUUGAAAGGAGACUGUCACCAGAAUACGAAACUUCACAUUUGGGUGCAUCACAGGAUCGUCAAAUAUUGCAUAUGAGAGCAGAUUUUGGUUUUGGAAAAGAUGCAGGUCCAAAGUUUCUGAAGGAGAGGCUGCAAAGCCCUCCAGUUUCUAAAUAUGAUUUAGAUGGUCAUAGACAUUCUAUAAGGAUGCAGAGAAUGGACGAACAUGGCUUAAGCGAACCAUCAGAUAGGAUGCUUAAAAGAAAAUUCAGUUUCAAGGAAGAAUUAAGUGGGCAUGAUUCUAGGAAAAUCAUGUCAAAUAAAUGGAAUGCAUCCAGAGGGCUUCAGGAUCGAUAUGAUAGUGGUGAAGAAUGGAUUGAUGAAGAUAUGAGUGCUUUGUAUUCAUCCAAUAGUGUGGGAUUGGACCGUAAUGAAUACAGAAAGCCUAAGAGGAUAUAUGAUAGGCUAGAAUAUCGUCAAGAUUUUGCAUCUGAUAAUUGGGUAUCAUCUCAAGAUUCUUUGUCACAGACACAAAGGCAUUCAGUAGGAUUGUAUAAACGCAGUGGUCGAUAUACUAGGGCUCAUCCAAGAACUGGUUUCCUGAGCUCACAUAACUUGCACCAUUUUGAUAGAAGAAGUGGUCUUCAGAAACUGCAAUCUAAUGUUUGGAAAAGAAAUGAUGAUUAUCAUGAGGAUGAGCAAGAAGAUGAUGGUGACCCUUCAGAAGAUUGGGUAAAUCCCUUAGAAUCUGAGCCAUCUGAGGACUCCAAGGAGUUUAAGCAACUUGUACAAGAAGCCUUCCUAAAGUACUGUAAAAAGUUGAAUGUAAACCCAUCUGUUCGAAGAAGAUACAAGGAGCAAGGAAAAGCUGGUAGUUUUUUCUGCAUCGUAUGUGGCAAAAGCCAUUCAAAGGAGUUCUUGGAUACUCAACGCCUGGUAACACAUGCCUUCAUGUCUCACAAGGUUGGGCUGAGAUCACAGCACUUGGGUCUUCACAAAGCAAUAUGUGUUUUGUUAGGAUGGAAUACUGUUGUCCCAGAAGACACAAUCACAUGGUCUCCUGAGGUCUUGCCCAAUGCAGAAGCCUUGGCUCAGAAAGAGGAUUUGAUACUCUGGCCUCCUCUCAUUGUCGUCCACAACAUUUCUAUGUCAGACAGUAAUCCGCAAAAAUGGAAGGUUGUUAAAGUUGAAGAGGUUGAGGCUUUUCUAAGAGAGAAAGGUUUUAUAAGGGGAAGAAUCAAAGUGUGCUUGGGGAGGCCCUCAGAUAAAAGUGUUAUGGUCAUAAAGUUCUUGGGCACUUUCACUGGCCUAGGAGAUGCAGAGAAGCUUCAUAAGUAUUUUGACGAAAAUAAGCGUGGUAGAGUAGAUUUUGAGAGAAUAACAUCCAACAAUGGUAAAAGCAGCAAAAGCUGGGAUGCAGGAAACCAAGGAGAAAAGGUGGAGGAACAUAUUCUGUAUGGGUACAUGGGUAUCGCAGAGGACUUGGACAAAGUAGAUUAUAACACUAGAAAGUCAUGUGUGAUCAAGAGUAAGAUGGAGAUACAGGAUCUGGCAAAUGCUCCUCUUAGGCCUGAUGAGAGGUAGCUGUCCAUGAAAAACUUUAUUAUGGAUGGUGCUAUAAUUUCGCGAAUCAUAGCAUGCUUUUUUUUUUUUUGUCAAAAAAAAGUUUAUCUUAGUGGUUCAAUACUCCUUAUGUAAACAGAUGUUGCCUCUCUUUUUCUUUUGUUAUGAAUGUAAACAGAUAUUGCCUUGGAACUUUGUUUUCGUUUUAUAAAUAUGUUUUGCGUUUAA